AUGUUUCCAACCUUUGAUGUCCCUCCUCAACACGCGGAGACAAUAGGCGCCCGCAAGGCAAGAAAGGCUAGGGAAGAUGGCACUUCCAGAAGGUCGUUCUCCGCAACUUCGCAAUCUUCAGGGAGCACGCACAGCAGCAAACGCCAAGAUGCCCCAAGUCUAUCAGACUCAAGAUCUGGAGGGAAGACUGGCUUUGGCGGAUGGUUUAGCAAAAGCAGUAAGAAGGGCAUCCAGGAGAUCGCGCCACUGUCAACACACAAGGAGACGCAACGUCAAAAGGAGCCAGCACUUGAGCCAGAGUUAGAACUAGAACUCGAUCAAGGACCAGCACCACCGACGGCUCCCUUGGAGACACAGCAGCAAGCACCCGGAAGACCACCGUCACAACGUUCUGAGCAGGCGUCUCGAACUCUCCGCCCACAUCAUUUUCUGCCGCCGCUGCCAACUCCUCCCCCUUCUAUCGGGCUUCCACCAACACCCGUCUCCAUGAAUAUGUCUUCAGGAAUGCUAAGCCCUGUUAGUAUAUCAGACAGGAAGUCACAGUACUCUACGAUUUCCCGUGCCUCGUCCAACCAAUCCAGCGUUACUCAUUCCAAUAACAGUGUCUUCUCUGGUGCUUCAGGUUACGAGACUACCCUCUCAGAAGAUGCUUACGAUGAGCCGCGCUCUGCCAGAGCUCCGUUCAGAUCUCAACCGGUCUCUCACACGCCUUAUUUUGAACCGGUCGAGCGUGGUUCGCGGACCGGCAGCAGACAGAGUAACGAACGUGAUCAAAACCUCAAGGUCUCUCAAACGCCCUUUACCCGUGCGUUAGCCAAGAUGGAGAGUGCUGGUACUCGCAUCAUGUCUGCACGCUUGAGUGAGGAAUGGGAUGGUUUGGACGACGACGAAAGUUACCAAGAGAUCAUGUUCGAGAAGCGGUUGUGGGCACUGACCGCUUACCAACGCCUAACACAGAAUAAACCUCUACAGUCACCCGCUCAUGAAUUACUGAGCAAUAGUCGACCAGCAGAUCAGAGGAGAGUUCUUCAAAUACAUGGCUCCUUAGCGGACGGAUGGAUGCUCGCAAACCGGUACCCUUCGGUAACAGUAUAUACACUAUCCUCCACGAAAAGCCACCCCGCUACGACGUAUCCUGCUCCUUUAAACCACCAUUCAUUAUAUACCCCUUCCCUUGCGUCUUCAGCGCCCUUCCCUGAUAACUAUUUCGAUGCCGUUAUCUCGCGCACAGCCGCGACCGUUCUUCGAAACGAUGAUUGGGCGCGAUCAUUCUUUGACUACAUGCGUGUGCUCAAACCAGGAGGACAACUCGAGAUGCUUUCAGUAGACGCGCACAUGAGCUGCGAGGGACCCAAGCUAUCUUCAUGGGUUGAUGAACAUAUGUCUUGCAAACUAGAGGCUCAUGGUGUGAGCAAGGAAGCGUCUGACACCGUUCUCGACACGAUGGAGAUAGUUGGGCUCGAGAACAUUCGUCGCGCUCGUAUCGCAUUGCCUGCACAUCCACCCAAAGCAGUGGCAAAGGUAGCACCGUCCGCAUCACAUACCUUUGGUACUACGAUACCACCCCCUUCGCCACAGGACACCUUAGACACUACCAAGAUGAUGGCUUUUCUCGGCCGCCACUUCUAUCAAGAUCUCUACAGCAGGUUCAUGAACAUGGAUCGGGGUGAAGAGUGGUUCUGGACACACAAGGAUCUUCGGGAUGAGAUCGAUCGAUACAAGACAAAGAUUGUACUUACCAUUUCUAUUGCGCAAAAGCCUGACAGCAUGUGCAACGGACAAAGUUAUUUGGAAGACUAG